CUGGGUGCUGCAGCCCCGGCGGCCUGGGCGACCCGGUAGGAUCCUUCGUGCGGGCGGUGGGGAGCGUUCCUCCGACUAACCUCCGUGUCGCCGCUGCCUGGGCCGGCGCUGACGAUGGACGGUGAGUCGGGAUGCGCGGCGGCGGGAGAAACCGAGGCAGCGGCCGCCGCGGCGUUCGGAGACACGACACGGCAGAUGAGUAAUGAAAGAGGCUUUGAGAAUGUAGAACUGGGAGUCAUGGGAAAAAAGAAGAAAGUCCCCAGGAGGGUCAUCCACUUUGUCAGCGGAGAGACUAUGGAGGAGUACAGCACUGAUGAGGAUGAGGUGGAUGGCCUGGACAAGAAAGACGUGCUGCCCUCUGUCGACCCGACAAAACUUACCUGGGGCCCCUACUUAUGGUUUUACAUGCUGCGGGCUGCCACCUCAACCCUCUCAGUGUGUGACUUUCUUGGAGAGAAGAUUGCGUCAGUUUUGGGCAUCAGCACCCCAAAAUACCAGUACGCCAUUGAUGAGUAUUACCGGAUGAAGAAGGAGGAAGAGGAGGAAGAAGAAGAAAAUAGGAUGUCAGAAGAAGCAGAAAGACAAUACCAACAAAACAAGCUGCAGGCUGAUUCCACUGUACAGACAGACCAACCAGAGACAGCGGUGACGAGCUCAUUUGUGAAUAUUAAUUUUGAAAUGGAGGAAGACUGUGAAGCCAUUAAGGAAAACAAACAACGUCCAGUCUCUGUCCCACCAUAGAAUGAAAUGACUGUAUAUAAAGUGUCAAACCCUAAACUUUCCAAUCGGGAACUUUUUAUGUUUUUAGUGGGAUUUAAAACAACUAUUUAUAUUUUAAAUUAUUAAGGGGAAAUCUUUACACUGUAUCUAUUACAGUCAGGUCUGAAGUUGGGAUGUUUUUGAGUUCAGUUAGUGACCCCCUUCCUAGCCCCAUGCUGAGGAGCAAGCCCAGGCUCCUCUCAGAUACACUCACUAGCCACAUACUCUAUCAGAAGCCCAGUGCUUUGAUUUUAAGAUGCUCUUUUAUAAAACAUAAGGACAUGUAGCCAAACAUGGUAAUACAUGCCUUUGAUCCUGGCACUAGGGAUGCAGACACAGUGGUUCUGAGUUUACAGCCAACCUGGUCAACAUAUGAGCUCCAGCUUAGCCACAUGGUGACACUCAGUCUUAAAACAACAACAACAAAACCUGAAGGCAUUCCACAUUAAGAAGAGAGUUAAAUAAUUUAUUAAGAUUUUUGGUUUGGGGGCAUUUUGUUUGUUUGUUUUUUAAAGGUUAAGUAUUGAUUAAUCAUUAAUAAUCCUAACAGCCUCAGUAUAACGUGCCCCUGGAUUUUACACAAGGAGGGUUCAGAAUGUAUAAUAAAAGGAGCAAGAUGGAAGCACUGUGGAUUUCCUUUUGUUGAGAAUAUUAUAUGGAAAAGAUUGGGUUUUCAGUAGUUACUGAAUUGACUUGCAAGUUAACACUAGGUACUGAGUGGAUCUGUAGCUGUGGUCACGUGUUGACACCUAGUGAUUACCCACAUGGCAUCUUGGUCAUGUCAACAGUUAUUCAGCUCCUUAUGUAUCACAGGCAGCGGGACAAACGGGGGAUGGACAGUUGAGAAGAGUUUACUUUGUUCACCAUUUUGAAGUAGCAGUGGUAAGUCAGAGAGCUGACAGAAACCAGGUUUGGCCAUUUCUCUUCUUACUAGGUUAUUCCUUUAAAAGGUAUAUCAUAUGAAGCUACUUUUAAGAAAUAUUCCUGACUAUGUGUUUAGAACCUUGUAUCUGUAUAACUUUGGUUUAUAGCCAAAUGAAGAAAAGAAAAAUGGGGGCCGUGUUUUAGAGCUCCUCAGCGUUUAAAGCCUUCUCAUAGCUCUAAAAGGUUUUAGAAACAUGGCUAUAAACCAGCCUGCUAAGUACCACGGCCCUUCCCAUCUUAAAUGUGUCUACCAUGAAAACACGGGGAGGUGAACACUGUAGAGACCUGCCAGUGGACCUCAGCAAACUCAACUCAAAGGUGAAUUAUUUCUGAAUAAAAGUUUCCGUUGGACUGGCGUUUGUAAGGCUCAGCAAGCAUGGCGUUGUCCUCUAAUGAGUUAGGAGCUGAUAGCACCUUCUGGGUGGAAACAUGCAACUUAGUCCUAGGAAUUUCUCUUUCCAUUGUGUAAUUAAUGUCACUAUCAGUUACAGUUUACUAAAACUCUGUCUCGGUUGAUACUUGCUAAAACAUGCUGGCCUGACCUCUUGCUCUUGAUUUGUUUUUAACUUUGAGACAAUGCUACCACAGACACUUGUUUAUGAGGUAAAGGUCUACAGGUGACUGAGGCUUUCUUUCCUGAAGGGCUAGCAUCUCAGAGUGUAUGCUCAGGCCUGUGAUCACAGCAUGAAAGUGGUACCAUCCAAGCCUGAGCUUCCUGUGUUGACCUCUUUGCUGCUUGUUUGGCACUGGCUGGUGGGUGAUGUUUACAGUUACUUGUGUGCCUUACAUUUUUAUACUUUGGUCUAUAUGAGCUAUAAAAUCAUCAUAAAUGGGUUAAA